AUGGGAAAACCAUUACCUAAUCUUGAAUUAUUAUGGGUAAAUUCGAAUAAUAUUACUAAUUUAUCGGCGUUUAUUGAAAGAGUUAAAGUUGUUUGUCCAAAUUUACAAUAUUUCAGUAUGAUGGCUAAUAAGGCUUGCCCAAACUUUUUUGUUGGAGGAACUCCAGAAUUAUAUCAAGAUUAUAGACAUUUUGUAAUUAGUAGAUUACCAAAAUUAAAAGUUUUAGAUCAAAAUAAUGUUACAGAUGAAGAACGUCAACAGGCUCUUCAACAUUAUGCAAAUUUGAAAAUUCAACCAACAACUAAUACAGUGACAAGUAAUCAUUUAAAUAGACCAAGUAUUUAA